AUGGAAUUUGUGCCUAUUGUUCUCAGUGGACUCGGAACUUUGCUUUCUAUUGGAGUUAACCUAUCACCACUUCCAUCUCUAUUAAAAGCUUCCAAAAGCAAAAAUUUAGAAGAAAUUUCUCAUUUAUAUCUUAUUCUCUCUAAUUUGAUUCCUUUGAUCUGAUCGCUUUAUGGACUAAAAAGCAAGAUUUGGUUGAUUUACAUCCCAGCUCAAUUAACAUUUUUUACCAGUCUUGCGUGAAUAGCAUGAUAUCACAUCAUCAGUAAAAAUUCAAUUAUUUUUAUGUUCUGGUAUCUUUUGUCCAUAUUUUCUUCAUCUAUCAUUUUUUUGAAUUGUUUGACUGCGAAUAAUUUAGGAUUGGCCGCUGUUAUUAUCAGUUUUGGUGGAAUAUUUGCACCGCUUCAGCAAGUUCCUUAUGCCUUACUGGAAAUGGAUCACAAGUAUAUUGAUAUCAAUAUUAUGGUUUCAUGCCUUUUUUGUGGGGCAGUUUGGCUACUGUAUGGAUAUUUUAUCAAUAAUCGCUUUAUUAUUAUACCUAAUUCUGUAGGAAUCAUAUUUUGUUUGCUUCAAAUUGGAGUAUAUGCAUGAGCAAGAGGAAUUUUGCCUUGUCCCUGCUUAACAAGAAUAUCAAAAUUUCUCAUUGCGUAUUAUUCUUAUGAUAAAAAUAUUAUGAUUUAA